CAUGCUCGAAUGACGUGAAUCUGCCAGUGCAGAUUCCGUGUGGGCUUGGUCAUAAGUCAUAUAAAACAGGAAAUGCCCUUUCUUCUUUACAAAACCACUGAUGCUGCUGAUAUACAGUCUGCAGAGCUACAACCAACACAGGGUACAAGAUGUCAUCCACAUCUUUCCAUGGAAUAGUACGUCCUUGUGUAAAUGCAAUCAUUAUACUGGGUUGUUUUGGGAUUUUAUUUUUUACUUAUUGGAUGGGACCCACUACCUGGCUGUCAAGUCAAGUGAAAUUAAAAGCACCUGCACCAAUGGUGAAAAACUUUGGUUCAAAAAAAGAGCAAAACCAGACUGUUAUACUAAUCUGGAUGUGGCCAUUUGGCAGGGCCUUUGCCCUGACCUCCUGCAGUGCCCUGCUUAACAUUGAUGGCUGUCACCUAACAUCAGACAGAAAUAUGCUAAGCAAGUCGCAUGGGGUUAUUUUCCAUCACAGAGACAUUCGCUCAGAUUUAUCAAACCUGCCACCACCACAGCGUCCAAUAUUCCAAAAAUGGGUGUGGAUGAACUUUGAAUCACCCACAAAUUCAAGAAAGAUUACUGGUCUCAGAAGCCUGUUCAAUUUGACUUCAAAUUACAGACACGAUGCUGAUAUUCCAGUGUAUUAUGGGACAAUUGUACAAACUCAGGAGAAUAACUUCAAAAUACCAAGCAAAGACAAGUUAGUGUGCUGGAUUGUGAGCAAUUGGAACCCAAGUUACAAAAGAGUGGCGUACUAUAAUGCGUUGAAGCAACUCAUUGAUAUACAUGUCUAUGGACGGGCCUUUGGGAAACCAGUCGGCAACCAAGACUUUCAUCCCACAAUUGCCAGCUGUAAAUUCUAUCUGUCAUUUGAGAACUCAAUCCACAAAGACUACAUCACUGAAAAACUGUACAACCCACUUUCUGUGGGCACUGUGCCAAUUGUCCUUGGGCCAUCAAGACAGAACUAUGAGAACUUUGUCCCAGGGGAUGCCUUUAUACAUGUAGAUGAUUUUUUCUCCCCCAAAGAGCUGGCUGAGUACAUACUGUUCCUAGACAAGAACGAUGACAUGUACCAUCGAUACUUCUACUGGCGUAGACACUUUGAAGCAAAGCGGCCUUCCAUAUUUAUGGAAGCCAUAUGUCGUACCUGCAAUUAUUUGAAGACAUACAAAGAAUACAAGGCUAUUGAUAACCUUGAAACAUGGUACUGGGGAUAAUAUGUGAAAUUUGGUUAUGAAAACUGCCAUUUUCAGGUACCACAUACCCCGUGAGUACGGAGUGAGGGACCUCUUUUCCUCAUCUUGUAUCUUCAUAAUUUCAGAUGGUAAAAUAUAUUUCCUUUAUGCUGAGCACAGAUUAACUGUCAGACUCACAAUUUAGGAUAAUUUCAUUCCAUUGACACGAAUAUGAUGUGCAAUCUUAAACAUGCUUUCAUUUGACUUGUACAGUGUAUUCCGGCUAUUUGUGAAUCACCAUUGUUCUGCAUGUAAUUUUGCUGCGUACUCCACUGUUGUAACUGGAAGAUUCAUUUUGUUUACUAUGCUUAGUCCUUCUACCAAAACCUCUUCCCAUUGGUCAUUAGAUUACACCUGGAGGUGAUUGUGGAUAAAAUUGAUGGCUCUUACCUGGACAGUGUAAUCUUAUUCUUAAGGUGUAAUUUUGACUAUUCUAAACCACCACACUGGAUCUUUGUCUCCUCAGUCUGGACAUUAAUAAGUCUACUAUUUUUUGUACUGAUGGAGUCAUACAUAUCACAGGACAUAACUGCACUGGAAAGGCAAUACAACUGGACAUGGGAGGUUGUAAACAACAGUUGGAAGAUCAAUAUGAGACAUCAAAGCUGUCCAGUGGAUGCUGAUUAUAGUAUGGAACUGUUUCACGACCAUGUUUAUUGGGAGUGUGAUAACCUUUCCUACAAGCCACCCUCUGGCAAUGUCAGGCCACGGACAUACCAUAGGGUGAGGACCAGAUCAGAUGACGUUACAGCUGGUAAAGCAAAAUGUCACACACGGGGUACCUCCUGAUUUGUCAAGGGGAAUGGAAACACAGAAUUGGCUCGCAUGAUGUCCCACACCUGACAGAUUUGAGUUUGACUGCGCCCAAAGUUAUUUUACAUGUCAAAAAACAAUCGGGAGUCCGUAAACCAGGCAGUUUGGUUUGGAAUAGUAUCUCAUACCUCGCGAGUUGCAAUGUUAAGACCUAAUGUUUUUUUUUUUUUACGAUUUGGUCCAAAUCAGGAAAAAACUAUCGGGAGCAUGCAACUCAUAUAAUGUGCCCCCACUCUUGUUCAGCAUGCUAUCAUGUGGUCAGCUAUAGGUAUUAAAUGUGUACAUAUUUCCUCUCACUGACUUACUGUGACUGGUGAUUAUGUUUAAUAUUAUGAUAAACCAUUGUGUUUUUCCA